AUGGAGGAUUCCGAACGGCGAACAGUCAAGAGGUCACGGUUCGACCAAACAGAACCCGAGCCAAAGAGGGCCUCGAGAUUCGAUCGCCGCUCGCGCUCUCCACCAACCCGCCGCCCCGAAGGCAGAGAUCGCAGUCCCCUCGGCCAUGAUGGUUCGUCGGACGCGAAAGGGUCACCAGUUGAUGCAGCAGCAGCAGCCGCUGCUGCCGCCGCUCGAAUCAAUGCCUCGCUCCAAGCUCGAAAGGGCAUUCAACAUGUCGACGUACCGCCAAUCCAGUCCGCCGAUGCUAAAGAUGGGCAGUCGGGACAAGCAAAGCCACAUUCUGUCAGCAAGGAAAUGUACACCUCUGAUGGCGACUACAUACAAGACAUCGAGGUCAAUGACCUGCGAAAUCGCUACUUAGUCACCAAGAGUUCUACACAGAAAAAGGCCAUGGCCACCGCUGCUAAUCCACCGCUCUACCUUCACAUUACCAGCACUACCAAAUCAGGCCUCGAGGCAGCUGUUGCCAAGAUCAACGAACUCAUCAAGCAAGAACUGCCGCAACUGGUUGAUGAACGACGAUUCCGCCGACGAGACCAGGAGCAGCCGGAACCUGAGCGUGAACGGGAGCGUGAGCAUGGAGGAAGGCGGAAAUGGCCCGAAGAGAGAAUCCCUAUCGAUCUCGAGCCGAUUCCGGGGUUCAACUUGCGAGCGCAAAUCGUUGGCCACGGCGGGUCAUAUGUGAAGCACAUCCAACAGGAAACUGGGUGCCGUGUGCAGAUCAAAGGCCGUGGGUCUGGCUACCUCGAGGGUGCUACCAAUCAAGAGAGCGACGAAGACAUGUACUUGCACGUUGCUGGCCCCGAUGCCAGCAUGGUUGAAAAAGCCAAGGAACUUUGCGAAGACCUGGUUGCCAAUGUCAAGGAGCAAUAUGAGGAGUUCAAGUCUCGACCGCCCCGUUAUAAUGACCGAGGUGGCCAGCAUGGAGGGGACCGGUACCGAGGAGGAAACGACCGUCAUCACGACCGAAGCAACCAAUCGUAUGGGGGAUAUGGUCAGGACCGAUAUGGUCAGGACCAGAAUGCCUCGACCAACAGUCCAGCUCACGGUGCCAACAGCCCGGCAACGAAUGCGGCCGACUAUGCCGCUCAAUACGCUCAGUACUACGGCGGUGCUGAUCCAUAUGCUGCGUAUGGCGGCUACGCCAACUAUGUUGCCCUGUACCAACAAUACUACGGAGCUCAAGCAACCCAAGCCCAAGCAGCCAGUGCUCCAGGUCAAGCCGUAGCUACAACAUCAGCAUCACCACCUCCCCCGCCGCCGAGCGAAGCAGCUCCUCCUCCACCGCCACCCAGUGCUGCUCCUCCUCCUCCGCCGCCAUCAGCAUCGCCGCCAGGUGGCAGCUACAGUGCUGUUCCCCCUCCACCAGGGCUAUAA